AUGUCAGGGUUUAUCCCUGAUAUUAUGAAAUUGUUGGUUGAUGUAAAAUUACUCGGUUAUGUUACUGAAUUUCUAAGAAAUGAAGAAUUCCCAGCAAAAAGUAUUUGGAAGAAAAUUGUCAAAAAAGCAGUGUAUGAAAGUGAUCAUUAUGAAUGGGUGGAUAAAAUUGAAAGGAAAAAAGAACAUGAAUUCUAUCUCUGGAGUCAACCUUGUAUAUCUUUGAGCAUCUGGUAUGAUCUGUGGAAGUACGGACAAUCAAAGCAGAUAACAGAUAUUCUUCGACUUCUGUGUUGGCUCCUUGACUGUAAAUGA